AUGGCACUGACACUGACUGGAGUCUACAACGCGAGGCAACUCCAGAUAGUGGUUAUUAAUAGUGUUCUCGUGUUCUUGUCACUGACUUCCGUGUCGUUGCGAUUCUGGGCACGAAAACUGCAACGACUGAAACCAUUCCUGGAGGACUACCUGAUAGUUGUUGCCUUGGCGCUGUCCUUGGGAGUGAACAUCCUUCUCUUUCAAAGUCUUCAUGCCGGCGUGGGUGAGCAUGUUGACUCCCGGAUUACUGCGACCGUACAGAAAUACUCCCUGAACCUGUACAUGAUGCAACUAUUCUGGAACACCUGCCUUCCUGUCAUCAAGCUGUCCAUUGCCCUCUUCCACCAACGCAUAUUCCCCGUCCGAUCCAUGGUCAUUGCCUGUCGCUUUAUCAUCGUAUUUCUAUUCGCUUGGUACCUCGCUUUCCAGACCACAGCCAUCUUCCAAUGCACACCGAUCCACCACGCGUGGCGAAUGAAAACCACGCAGGGGAGAUGUAUCGACUUCGUUCCCUUUGUGAUCACGUUGGCUGCGACAGACCUGUUAACUUUGCCUACCCGUGUCUGUAUUAUCUCGGGUGUACGGCUCGAAAAUCUCAUCGCAAUCAGCAACGCGGACAUCACGUGGUCCGAUACAUAUUCCCAUCUGUGGACGGCGAUCGAAAGCAGCCUAGGGGUGGUGGUGGCGUGUCUUCCGAGUCUGAUGCCCAUUGGGUCGUACGAGCUGUCGCAGUUAUCCCACUCCAAUCGCCUUAGCUCGGGGCCGGGUCGGCCACGGCUCCGCGCCGGCAGCAGUGAUUCGGCCUUGAUCGAGAAAUUUAUGGGGGAGAUGGAGGUCACCAGUGAGAUGGCGCAGCUGGCGGAGUCAAGUCCUACUCGUACUUAAUCUUGAGAACUAGACUAGGUGGUCGGAACGGAUGUGUCAUGUUGAAUGUGGGUUGGGCUCCUGCUCCGACUAGUCUGAAUAAGCACGAGCCGAUGUGGGGGGGGGCCAAUCUCGUUUGAUGAUGGCAGUGGCAGAAUUCGGAUCCCUGCCUUAACUCGGUCACUCUUUUUUCCAAGAAGCUGUGGCAUGCUCAUAAGGAUUUCACAGGAGACAUUCGUUGCGCUAGUUCACUUGCUUGAAAGUAAGACGGAUGUGAAAUGAUGUUUUAGGGCUAGCGCACUGCCAUUUGAGGCAACGAUGACUUCUUUCUUUC